AUGGAUCCCUUAGGUCUUUUUUCAGAAGAUACACCAAGAAGAAACACUUCACAAAUUGCAAAAUUAUCUUCGCCAGUUCAACAAACAGAUACACUUAAAAGUUAUGAGUUAGAAGUUAAGAGAGAAGAAUUAUUAAGGAAAAGAAAUGCCUUAAAAGAAGAAGUUUCCAACCUAGAAAAUCAAUGGAAUGAAAUGAGAAAUAAUCUUGAAGUUGAAGAUAUAAAUAAAGAAGAAGAUGAUUUGAUAUGGAAGUUAUUGAUACAGAGAAGUGAACAUACCACCAAAGAAGAAAAUGAUGCUGGAAAUGAAUUGAUUAAUGAUGCUGAAGAUCUUGAUAUGUUCAGUGCAAAACCUUCCAAAGAUUGGAGUUUAAGGAUUGAAUAUUUAAAGAAAUUUUAUCCAGAUUUAACAAUAACAAAUCAAGAAUCUAAGACCUCGUUAACCUAUUCAGAAGGUUCUACAAGACCUAAUAUACUUAAAACCAUAUCAUUUGAUCUAUCAUAUCCAAGAAAGAUCAUUGCCCUGGAUGUUAAGAUACAUCUAAUCAAGUUAGACAAUAUUUUCAAGACAAAUCAUCUUGAUAUUAUCAAGAGGUCAAAUAAUAAAUUAAAUUCCAUAAUUAUAGAAAUAAUAACAUACUUCACAAGAUCUAAAAACAUCAAUGGAUUAUUAUCAACUUUAAAUUCAUUAUAUACAAAGUUACAAACCCGUCAAUCAACAUUACAAGAAUUGAAUGAUGAACUACAACAAAAUACUAAAAUCAAUAUACUACAAUCCCAAAUAACACAUCAACAAUUAGUGCUUCAUUGGGACUUCAUAUUCAAGGAUGGUACUAUAAUUACAAUUACAAAUGUUAAUGAUUCGUUAAACACUGUGUUUACAGAUCUUUUGGAACAAUAUUCAGUCAAAUCUGCGUUUUUGAAACUGGUUGAAAAGAUAUAUACAUCAUCAACCACAGAAGAAGUAUGA